AACAAAACAUGAGCGUUUGGAUGAAAUAAGCAAAAUGUGGUUAUAAACUUAUAACAAUAUCUUAUAUAGUUCAUUCAUUUCAUUUUAGUUUAUGACUAUUGUAAGACUGUGUCAUUGCUGUACGUCUAAGCGUGCAAUUUUGAACUUUCAAAAGUUGUUACUUGCUAUUACUUGAAAGCGUUUUCAAAAAAAAUUCAUUUAUCAAAAUUCACACUAGUUUUUAUUUACUAACUCUGAGUACUUAUAGUUGUUUUAAAUCAUUAAUUAUGUCAACUUUGAACAAUUCCAGUACCAGUACAGACCAAAAUGAUCCAAAUAAAGAUAAAUCAAAAACUCCAAAAUCUAAAGAUAUGCAUUUACCGAUAUCAAGAGUACGUACCAUCAUGAAGAGUACACCAGAUAUUGAAAAUAUAGGAUUACCGUCAUUGCAUGUUGUCACUAAAGCAACUGAGCUAUUUAUACAAAAACUGGCACAAGAUGCUCUUAAAGGACAAAGACACUACAGACAUUUAGAAUAUAAUGAUCUUGCCAGAGCUGUUGAAGAAAAUGAAAAUAUGUAUUUCCUUAGAGAGGUUUUACCAAAAAAAAUUACCAUGGCUGAAUACUACAAAUUGGUUGGCAAAGAAUCUUCAGAAGAUGGCGAGGACAAUGAUAACAGUUCUCAAACAUCACAUUCUUCAUCGUCUUCAGUAUCAUCAGACAAUUGAUCUAUAUUAUAUUCCUUAACAGUUAACUAACAGUAUACAUUGUUUUUUUUUUUUUUUUAAUUUUUCCAUUUAUAAAUAAUUGUAUAAAUAUUUUAAUAUUAUAGCAUUAAUUUUUAAAUUACUAA